AUGUCCUUUGCCCCACCAACAACCGCCACUGCCCCUCGAACAUGGACAAGGCCAGACAGCGAAUUCUUCAUCUCAACCAACCCAUCCCUGCUAUCAGUCAAGGCAGUCAAUGAAGCCUUUGGACAAGAAUGGCUCUACUGGGGCACACCAUUCCCCGAAGAAGUGAUGCACGACAUGCUCCACGGCGCCAUGAGUUUCGGCGUCUACAAGACCAUCCAGCCCCAGCCCGAGGGUGAACCAUUCACUCCCUCUACAGAGACUACAGAGCAAAUUGGACUUGCACGGAUGGUGACAGAUGGCACCACCUUUGGAUAUCUUUCAGACGUCUACGUGCUUCCAGAAUACCAAGGCCAUGGACUCGGGAGAUGGCUUAUGAGCUGCAUCUCGGAAGUGUUUUCUAAAGAGAACAUGCCAUAUCUACGCCGUAUCAUGCUUUUGACGGGUGAUAAGCGAAUUCAGGGUUGGUAUGCUAAGGUAUUUGGUAUGGAGGUGAUUGCACACGAGCAUCGACCGGAUAUUGGGCAGGACUUGGUCUUUAUGUGUGCUCGUCCGAAUGCGAAGUCUUGA